AUAUUAUAGAUAUUUGAAUAAUUAAACAAAAUCAAUGGUUAAAUAUAUCAAUAGAGGCCCUAUAGGCCAGAAAUUAACUUUAAAACAGCAGUGUUUGUGAGCAAGAUUUGCUAUAUAAACAGCGGCCAUUUGUAAGUUAGAGUGGUUUCCCCUGAGUCUCUAACCAUAAUUAGACUAAAAAAAAUAAACAAGAUGGCUGCUAAAGUACAUGAGCUAGGUUGCAUCUGAUGAAAACAUUGCUAGUCUUUAUUUUUUACUGAAAAGUUUUAAUAUAAUCAUUUAAAAACAGUUCAACUUAUGUUUGCGGUGGCUUUGAGCAUGGUAAUGUUCGAAUGCGAUAUAUCUGGCAGUUUCAGUCUUCAACAUAAAAGAAAGAAGAUGUUAAAUCAUCAGCACAUCUAGCGAUGGAAAAAUCAAACAAAAAGUCUUUAAAUAACCAAUCAAGAAUGGAAGGGGAAACACAUGUAAUUCUAAAUACACCAGUAGUUAAAGUGGAACCAUAUGAGGUAAUAACAACAGAUGUUUCAACUGAUAGUGCAACUUUUGAAGACAUAAAACCAGACGUGUCCAUUAGUACUUUUAACGAAAGAAAUCCAAAUAUAUCAGAUUCAACACCUGAAGACAUAAAUCCAGAAGAAUCAAUUUCCACGUAUGAAGGCAUUGAUCCAGAUAGAUCCAUUUCAUAUCACGAAGACAUAAAUCAAGAUGUAUCAACAGUUAAGGAUGAAAAACCAGAGAUUUAUAACAAUUCAGAUGAACUGGAAACUCAGCAAAACAUAUCUAUUGAUUACUCUUCUUUAAGAUAUCCAUUAAUUCACAGAGAUGUGAUAUCAUACUUGUGUGAUUUAUGUAAUAAAAAAUUCAUGAGGAAUAGCAACAUAAGACAACAUUUAAGAAAACAUAUAGGAGAGAAAUUACAUAAGUCUGGCUUUAAUCUGCGUAACUUGAUGUAUUCAAAAAAAAGGCCAUAUGAAUGUGAUGUUUGUCAUAAAAGGUUUUUACAGAAGUCUAAUUUAGAUGUGCAUAAAAAUAUUCAUACUGGUGAAAAUCAAUUUGAGUGUGAUGUUUGUCACAAAAAAUAUUCUCAGAAAUCUUACUUAACUGUCCAUAAAAACAUUCAUUCUAGAGAAAAGCAAUAUGAGUGUAACAUUUGCCAUAAAAAGUUUACCCAUAAGUGUUAUUUAGCAACACAUAGAAAAUUUCAUUUUGGAGAUAAACCAUUUCAAUGUGAUAUUUGUUUUAAAAGGUUUACUAUGAGAGCUGCUUUAUUUCAACAUAAAAGGAUUCAUUCUUCGAUAGGGAAAGAACAUGAAUGUGAUGUUUGUCAUAAAAUGUUUGCACAAAAGCUUUAUUUGCAAGAACAUAAAAAACGCCAUUCUCAAGAUAGGAGAUUUGAAUGUGACAUUUGUCAAAAAAAGUUUUCUCAAAAGGUCAAUUUGUCUAGACAUAAAAAACUUCAUUUUGAAGAGAAGCAAUAUGAAUGUAAUUUUUGUCUUAAAAGAUUUUUUCUAAAGACAAAUUUAAUUCAACAUGAAAAGAUUCAUCUUGGAGAUAGGCAGUUUGGAUGUGAAAUUUGCCAUAGAAAGUUUACUCAGAAUUCUCAUUUAACUCAGCAUAAAUUGCUUCAUACUGGAGAAAAACCAUACGAAUGUGACAUUUGUCACAAAAAGUUUGCUCUGAACCAUUACUUAGCAAGACAUGUAAAAAUUCACGAUGAAGUAGACAACUAUGAAUGUGAAGUUUGCCAUAAGGUUAUUUUCAAGAAAUAUCUAAUAGAGCAACAUAAAAAAAUGAACUGUGGCAGUAAAACUUAUGAGUGUGAUGUUUGCCAUAAAAUAUAUUCCACUAACUCUUCUUUUAAUAAGCAUAAAAGGCUUCAUACUGGAGAUGAGAAAUUUGAAUGUACAAUUUGUCAUCAAAAGUUUAAUAUGAGGAUGUAUUUAACAAAACAUAAGAAAGUUCAUGAUAAAUAUGGACACCUUGAAUGUGAGGUUUGUCACAAAAUGUUUAAAAGGGAAUUUCAUUUUCAACGACAUAAAAAGAUACAUUUAGAAGAAAAUUAAUAUUUACUCAGAAUUUGCCAUCAUAUUUACCUAAAAAGUCUUAUUUGAAUAGCAAGUGUAUAUUUGGUUUAAUAAAAGAUAAUUAUAAUAAAUAUGAUUUAGAAAGAAUGUUUGUUCUGAACAUUUUUAUCAAAGCCUAUGAAAUUGUUUUUUUUGUAAAGUUAACAUAAAUAUAUUUGUAUUGUAGAGAAAGUUGUAUUGGUUGUUUUAUAUAUUUGAAAAACAUAAGGAAAUAUAAUUUAAAUUGUUAUGCUUUUAAGUACGUUACGUCUUUUUUUCAAACAAAUAUUUUAAAGUCAAAUGUCAAAUUUUAUUGAAUCUAAGCUUCCAGAUGUUGUCAAAUCUAGUAAAAGGCUGGCAAAGAUUAGUUAUUGUAACUGGAUAGAAAUGCCUGUAAUUUUAUAUACAAAGGGGUGCUUACCUUUACUGGCCCCAUCUGUUGUGUGUUGGUAUUGUAAAAAGUUUUCAGUUUACCUAUGUUUAAUUAAUCCUUUAUUUUAACAAAAAUUACAAAUUGUUAUAUUUUUCUUUUUGUAUCAUACUUUACUUUAAACAUUUUCCAGCUCACAUAAAAAAGGCCCAAUACAAAUAACAUAAUAAUUCAAACAUUACAUAAUCUGUCAUUCUUUUUAAAUUUUUUUUUAAGAAAUCUGUAUGUCAUGUGAGGGCCAGGAUGGCUGAGUGGUAUAACCCUCGACUGCUAAAUCCAAGGUCCUGAGGUUUUGAAACAAAUUUUAUGUACCUCACAGGGUUAUUUAAACUAAAUUGUAAAUAAAAUAAUAUUUAUUGUAAUCACACGUGGUUAGAAAUAAUAGAAAAAUACAAGUUGUUAAAGAAAGAUGUAUGCUCUGCUGCUCUGGAAGUAAAAGUUGUUAUCAUUAUCAUGACUAUGGUCAUUUAGAUUUAGUACUACUCCACUCUAAUUCAUAAAUUAGAUCGAAUUUAGGUCUAUUAUCAGAGGUUUUAUUUCUCUGCAUAAAUUGUGUAUUUUAAUAUAUAUAUAUAUAUAUAUAUAUAUAUAUAUAUAUAUAUAUAUAUAUAUAUAUAUAUAUAUAUAUAUAUAUAAUUUUUAUAAUUAUAAUGUUUAUCAUCCUACUCAUAUCAAUCAAUUUACAUUGUGAUAACAAAACUCAUUUCUGUUCAGUUCAUGACUUGUUGAAUUGUUUUAUUAUAAAAAUUUCUAAAUAACUACUUAUAUGGCUUAAAUGUGUAUGACAUAGUAUAGUGUAUCUUUUUACAACAUGUUAUUAAAAAAUAGGAUCAAAGCACAUCAUUGCUUAUGAUCUCAUAGAGAAAAUUUGUUAAGAUUAGAAUUAUUACCAUAAAGACAAGCUUUAUUACUGAGGGUAUAAUUCCACUUUCUGGCAGUGAAUGGUGGAAAUCAACUCUGCUACCAUCAACUCUCUGGAUUCCUACCAAUUUAAGUGCCUGAAUAGGAUAAAAGGCAUUCACUGACCCAACAUAAAAGUUACUAAAAGAAAUGGAAGCCAUAUCAGAAUUGAAAAGAUAUGGCACUGGAUGAAAGCUGAUUAAAUUACAACAAUGGAGCUGAAUCGGAUAAAGGAAAACAGUGAAGGCCAUGAGAAAACAUGGAAAAGCUUUGGAGAAAAAGGACUGACGAUAGCUGAAAUAUUCUGGAAUAUUCUGGAAAACUGCAAUAAAAGUUGCCAGAAAAAGGUAAAAGUGGAAAGAUAUUUUUCUGUGAUUCCCUAUGUACUGGAUACAUGGAAAAAAAUUAUUCCAAUAAAAUAUUUCUUUGGCUUUAUUUCAUGUUGAUCUUAGUUCUAGCUAAUUACAAAUUAAGUAAAACCAAUCAGUCUUUGAACAUUUGUCAUAAUAUUUCUUUUUAUAUUUCAAUUGUAAAUAAUGUUAAGUGCUUGUUUUUAAGUACGCUAAAAAUGUAUUAGUGUUGUAAAUCUGACUGUUAAAUGUUUUUAUUAAGAUGGUAGAAAGCCAUAAUAGGCCACCUACACCUGCACUUAAAUUUACUACCAUUCAUACACAUUUCACAGAGAUUUUCUGUUGUCUCAUUUCUAUCCAUCUUAAAUCUUAUAAUUUUACACUUUUUAUUUUCAUAUUAUAACACAGGAAAAUGUUGAUAUACUCUUUGUUUAUAGGAAUAUAAUUUUAUUAAUAAUAAUGAACUGCCAUCACAGAGUAAAUCAAAAUUAAAUGUUAAAUUAUCUACACCUUUAAAUUAAUUCUGUAAAAUUUUGUUUUAAA